CGCCUCCACUCUGCAGUCGUUUUCCUCCAUCGGCCGACGCGACUCCGCCACCCCUUCCCCCAUCCCACGCGCCGUGACUCUGGUCACUCGCAGCCGGCCCAAAGUCUCACAUCCCGCCACUCCUCUCUUCUCCAUCACUCUCCUCUCUCCAUUCCUCUUUCCGACGGCGCACGCCGUUCUCAACUCCAAAACAUGACGGCGUCGACAGAUUUCUUCAAUCCUGUGGCGGCAUUUAUUGCCCUCCGUGAGACCCUCGAGGCCGGCAUCAUUAUCGCCGUCCUCCUCGGCUUCAUCGAGCAGAUCAUCCCUGUAAACCCCACUGGGGGAGCACUCGGCGCGGGGGGCUCGCGCACCGAGCUUCUUCCCCCCACCGAAGACACCGAGGGCUCAUACUCGACCUUCAGCGCACGCCGGGACUCGAACCGAGCCCCGGCCAUCCCACCACAGCUGCUGUCGCCCAGCCUAAGCCCGACGCAGUCCAACCGCGCCCUUGACUCAGACUUUGAGCUGUCUGACGACGAAGCCGCCGGCAAUGGCCAGCAGUUUGGGCCGGACAGUCGUGAGCAGAUCGUACGCAAUCUCAAGGCGCAAGUUUGGAGUGGUGCGCUUCUCGGGCUCGCUGCGGCGGCCUUCGUCGGCGCCAUCUUCCUCUAUGUGUUCUACACCUUUGCACACGAUCUCUGGCAGGAUGCUGAGAACCUCUGGGAGGGUAUCUGGUGCGGUAUUGCCGCUAUUAUCAUCCUCGUCAUGGGUCUUGCUUUCCUUCGCCUUCCUCAUGCGCGCAUGAAGUGGCGCCUGAAGCUUCUCCAAGCUGUCGAGGGAGCCGCCGGCGUUGACCAGAAGUCAACGUCAUCGGCCCGUCGCCGUCACCGCAAGAUGGGCGCCCGCGCUGCCCGUGGCUGGAUCCUCUUCGGCCUCCCUUUCAUCACGGUGCUCCGUGAGGGUCUCGAGGGCGUUGUCUUCCUCGGCGGCAUCGGCCUGACAGGUUCCCCCCUCUCGAUCUUCACCGGUGCGCUCGCUGGCUUCCUGAUCGGCGGUGUGCUUGCCGUCACUCUCUUUACCCGCUCUGAGGCCAUGACGCUUCAGCGGUUCACAACAUUCUCGACUGUCAUCCUCUUCCUGAUGGGCGCCGGAUUAGCAAGCCGCUCGGCGUACUCUCUCGAGCGCCAGUACUUCAUCAACGGCGUUGGUGCGGCCGCGGCUGAGGGCGGCGACGGCCCCGGCUCUUUCCGCGUCGCCCACAACAUCUGGAAGCUCUGGGGUUCCAACCCCGAGCCUGGGCAUGAGGGCUACAGCGGCUUCUGGCAGCUCGCCCAGUCUCUUGUCGGCUGGAACAAUGUCGGCACCUACUGGACUGUCGGCGCGUACGAGGUGUAUUGGUUCAUUAUCAUCGCUACUCUCGUCCGCAUGAAGUACAGGGAGGGCAGAACCGAGCUCUGCGGCCGUCGCUCCAAGCGUGGAUGGGAGCUCGAGCGCAGCCGCCGCCGCGCUCUCCGUGAGGAGGGCGAGGAGGAGGGCCUUCUUGGUCCUCAUGCCGAGGGCUCGGGCUCGGGCUCGGGCUCGCGCAGGAGCAACGACGAGUAGGCUGACUCGUCUGUAAAAAUGUCCGCAGAACUUGGUAGACUGUACACCCCACUCUCAAUCUGCACACAGCUAGAUCGCACUAGACUGUUCAUCACCGACAUCCUACACAUUCUCAUUCUCAUACUAAAAUAGAAGCCCGUCUUCAUAGCAUACACCCAUGCCUCUGUAUCAUCUGGACACGUAUAGGAUUAGACAGGCGUCAUUUGUGCGACAGCUGCGUCCAACGAAG